AUGGCAGCCACCAAGAGUGCCUGUCCAGAAGACCCAGCUGGUGAAUCGGGCUGUGAAGAAGAGAAAAAAGAAGACCAUGCUGUGGACUCGGAUUGUGCAGAAAUCACGGCACCAGCAGUUUACGCGGACUACGCGGCUUACACGGUUUCCGCGAUUUAUGCGGCGAAAGCGGCUUCUUUGCAAGUCUUGGCCAAGCCGUUCGUGCGACAGAGCAAUGCUUGCCGAGAACUUCUGAUUUCCAAAAUCAAGAACCCCAUUUUACCACCCGAUCAAACUUGGCUGCUGCAAGUACAUAAGCGGAGCACUACUUUGAGGUCAGCGAAGUAUUGA